AUGGUAUUGGAGGAUAGACACAUCACACAAAUGGUUAUACCAGUAUCCAAAGGGACAUUUUUCAAUACACAGUGGAAAUCGAAUAGACAACAGCUGUGUGCCUAUGAUAUGCUUUAUCAUCCUCCCGAUUACAAUCCUAAGGCUGCUAGAUCUGAUCGACAAGAGCCCAAGAUUAUACGCCGGAACAUUUGGGAUCAGGAAUUUCACAAGGGUAUCGCUUCAACAUCACACUUUCAACUUAGUCGGCCGAAAUGGAAACCUUAUGAUUUACCAGAAAAAGAAUUCGUUAGAGUCCAAGUGAAAAAUGAGAACCCCCACAUGCGCAUAGGAGGUGUACUGGAGUGGGCAGUGCUUCUUACAGAAGGGAAACCAAGUUUGUGUGAUUAA